AUGACUUCGACAGUGUCAAUCCCUCAAUUCCUCCUUCCACGGGGCAUCUCACAGCAUACCCUGCGCUACGCCGCAGCUACGGUACAUGCUGGUCCUGGUCGAGGAACAUCAUCCGCACGGGAAGUAGUAGGACGACGCGCAUUCACGUCCUCAUCAUGGAGAAAGUCAUCAUCAUCACCAGAGGAAGGAAAACCGCGCGUCCUGGCCCAGCCUGACAAAUUCCGUCCUCCUUCCCACCCGGCGCGACGGGUGAUACCGACUCGCAAUGGCAAGCUCGUUGAUGCAGCGCCGUACAAUUACCCUGGUCCGCCUCUGUCGGAAAAGGAAAAGGAAGAAAUGAAGAAGAAACGGUAUCCGAACAUGUUCCCGCCCGAGGGGACGGUUAUGCAUAAGUUCUUGACGUCGCGGUGGAUUCAUGUGUGGAUUGCUAUGGGCGUGCUCACCUCCCUGGCAACAUUUACCUUCACGGAUAACUUCAAACGCACGUCUCCGUUCGCCCAUCUGCUCCCACCGUGGUCCGGACUGCUCACCCACCCCAUCGACACAAUUUCCCAGGCCUUGACGGUCUACAGGAUGCACGUCGAACAUAUGUCGCGAUUGACGCGAGAAAAGCGGCAUCAGCGCAUCGCGGACGCUGAGAAGCGGCGGCAGUACCGUAUCGCCCACGGACUAGAAGAACCAGACCAGGCAGGUGCUCGAGACGGCCCGACGCCGAUGGUAGAUGAUCAGUCACCUAUUGCGCCUGGCGCGGAUCGGUCGCCUCAGGAGAGUGACUCUCAAGAGGCUGCUGCUGCGGGCGAGAAUGUGUACCGGGAUUUCGAGGGCAGGAAGAGGCCAGUGAAAAAGUGGCUUGGAAUAUGGUAG